AUGCCAAAGUUGUUUGCAUUUCAUAGUGUGCACGCAUGUGGAUGGGAACAAUAUGUGUAUACGGGAAAAAUACCAUUGGAACAACAAGAUGGAACGGAUCUUCUUAAUCUAUUAAUGGCAGCCGAUGAAUUAAUUCUCCAUGAUCUAUUUGGAUAUAUUCAACAACAUUUAAUCACAUAUAAAACGCAGUGGAUGCAUGAAAAUUUUAGUUUGGUGCGUCGAACAGUAUUUCAAAAUGAUCGAUUAAAGAGAUUACAAGAAUAUUGCGUUGAUAGAAUUUAUUUUUAUCGUAAAGUAAUUCCAUAUAAAGAUAUUUUACCACAUACACUUUUUGAAGAAGUUAUGAAAUAUCAUAUGAUACCCGAUUGUCCUCGACCUACCUCAUUAAUGCCGUCAAGAAGAGGCGAUAUUGAAUCUAAUUUAUUACGAACUAAACAUGCAGCAUUAAUUUCUAGUUGGAUAGAUCAUAAUGAUUUUAAUGUAUUUUAUAAUAUAACUACGGUAUUAUGUUCGCAAGCGAUCGGAGCAUGCUUCGGGAGCGGAGAUUUGGUGAUGGGAGGAACACAUUCAAAUUUUAAUGUAGAAUUAGGAUGUUCGUGUAAACGGCAAUCAUACGAAAGACCAUUAAUGAUCUCAAAUCAUGAUAGAUUUCGAGUAGAUGAAUAUGAAGUAUUAAAAGUGAUACCAAGAAUGAAUGAGAUUAGACAAAAUAAUGUAAACAAUAAUAGGUCAUCAUCAGGAUCUAGUUCUAGCAAUAAUUCUAAUCUUAGCGUUCAUAGUACAAGAGGGGGUAGAAGGUUUUCUAUAUUAUUAUCUCAACUUCAUCCUCAAUAA